UGUGAUCCCCGGAGCCCUGGAGUCUGUGCUGGGGACAGACCUUCAUUAAAGUCCCCUCUGUGCCCAGCUGGGAUGUGACCUUCUCCAGUGGGAACCAGCCUCCUAGGGCAGCCCCGACAUUAAUACCUGAGCCGGAGGCUCCAGGUCUUCCAGUUUUCAGUCCUGACAUGAUCUCCUGGCUGGAACAAGGAGAAGAGCCGUUGUGUCCUGGAUCUCCCAAGGCUCUGAGGAAAGAAGGGCCCUGAGAAACGUUCAUACAGUCCCGUUUCUGAGGUUGCCUCUUCCCUGGCACAGGGGAUGACUCAUGUCUGGAUACUCCCUCUAUCCCGGCAGGUGAUGGGAUGGUGAGUGAAAACAAGGAGAUGAAUCCUAAGCAGGAAAUCCUCGAGCAAGUGGAACUACAUGAGAUGGCACCGGGACCAUCCAAAGGGAACAUUUCCUGCAGGGGCGAGCAGAGAGCAGCCUGCAAGGGUCGGUGCGGGCCGGAGAGGCAGCAGGGAACCCCACAAUGAAGAGACGGGGUACCUCCACUCAGAGAGGUUUGAAGGACCGCAGUGAAACCAUGCUCCAGCUUAGAACCCACACUAAAGGGACACCGUAUGAAUGUCCUGAGUGCGGGAGGAGCUUCACUCGCAACUCACACCUUAUUGUGCAUCACAGGAUCCACACAGGAGAGAGGCCCUACGAUUGCCUGGACUGUGGGAAGGGGUUCACUCAGGGUGCCGACCUGACAAAGCACCAGAGAACCCACACAGGAGAGAGACCCUAUGGCUGCCCUGACUGUGGGAAACAGUUUGCCACUUUCUCCUCCAUUAUUUCACACCGGAGACUGCACACGGGAGAGAGACCCUACAAAUGUCCCGAGUGUGGAAAAAGCUUCACUGCCAGCUCCAACCUUAUUGUGCACCAGAGAACCCACACUGGGCAGAGGCCCUGGACAUGCCCCAACUGUGAGAAAAGCUUCAGCGUGAGUUCCAAUCUUAUUGCCCACCAGAGGAUCCACACGGGAGAGAGACCCUAUAAAUGCCCCAAGUGUGGGAAGGGGUUCACUCGGAGCUCCCACCUUGUUUCCCACCAAAGAAUCCACACGGGAGAGAGACCCUACGAAUGCCUGGACUGUGGGAAGAGCUUCAGUGAGGGCUCAGACCUUACUAAGCACCAGAGGAUUCACACGGGAGAGAGACCCUAUAAAUGCCCUGAGUGUGGAGAAAGCUUCAGCCAGAGCUCCAGCCUGAUUAAACACCAGAGAGUCCACACCAGGAAACCCCCCCUAUAACUGCCCUGAGUGCGGGAUAAGUUUCCUGCUGAGCUCCACCCUUAUUGCUCAUCAGAGAAUCCACACAAGGGAGACUCUAUAAAUGUCCGUUCUGUGGGGAAGGCUGCAAGUGGAAGAUCUCUCUAAUGUCCCACUAGACACGCAACAGAGAAGGUGGCAGGAGCUCUCCCUGAAUGUAAUGAUUCUGUGCCCUGCUGACGCAACUUACAAACGUGCUUCGUUUCAGGAUGGUCUAGGUAGAGGGGGGCCAGGCGAGUGGAUAUUUUGGGUUUCAGUGUGGCCGGAGGAGGGAGCACUGGGUACUGGGGAGAAGGGUCAUUUCAAGGUCUGGAGGGAGCAGGUGUUUAAAUUAGUGAGGAGACAUUUCUGCAGGGAUUACACACACUUGCCAGGUCAGAGAAGAGGUGAAGAUGCCCCAUUGCACUUUGUGUCCAUGUUAUCUCUGCAGCUCCCAAGGCCUCUCAGGGUGGGGGUGAGGGCAGGGGAAGGUUUUAUUAUUAAUUAUUGGUGUUAUCACAGUGCCCUAGCCAUGGCCCAGGAUCCCUCUGAACCAGGCGCUGUGCAAACAUGGAAUGAAAAGCCAGUCCCUGCCCCAAAGAGUUUACAAUCUAAGUGGAGAGACAGUAGCAUGCUCAACAUACCAGCACCCUAACCACUGUCAGGUUUUUUUGCAGGCCACACAGCAAAGGAGAGUUUUAAGUUUUUCAGGGAAAGAGUGGGGGGCCCUGUGGGGGCCAUAGUAUAA